GGUGAGGAGGAGGACGAGGAGGAGGCGUAGGACCCUGAGUGCGUGUCGGCAGCGCGCACUCACAGGAGAGAUGCGUCUUGACGCCGUGGACCGCUCCUCGUCCCCGGACGUCCCCCGCCUUUGAAGCAUGGUGCAGAAGUCCAUCAACGGCGGGCUCUACCCCAGUCAGGCCGGCGAGAGGAGGCACAAGGUGGGCUUCGUGGGGCUGGAGCCCCCCGGGGGUCCCGAGUCCAGCCGGGACGGGACGCUGCUCAUCGCAGGCGCCAAGACGGGUGGCAGAGCCCGGGGCAGCACCUCCGCAAAGAAGAACGCCGGUUACAGGAAACUGCAGACUUUCCUCUACAACGCGCUGGAAAGACCUCGAGGAUGGGCCUUCAUCUACCACGCUUACGUCUUCCUCCUGGUCUUCUCCUGUCUCAUUCUCUCCGUCUUCGCCACCAUUCGAGAAUUCAAGAAUAGCUCGGAGAGUGCCUUGUACAUCCUGGAACUGGUGACCAUCGUGGUGUUCGGCGUGGAGUACAUAGCCAGGAUUUGGGCGGCCGGGUGCUGCUGUCGAUACCGCGGAUGGAGAGGGCGGCUGAAAUUCGCCCGGAAGCCUUUCUGCGUCAUAGACAUGAUGGUGCUGGUGGCCUCGGUGUCGGUGCUGGCGGCCGGCUCGCAGGGCAACGUUUUCGCCACCUCGGCCAUCAGGAGCCUGAGGUUCCUGCAGAUCCUGCGAAUGCUGCGUAUGGACCGCCGCGGUGGCACCUGGAAGCUGCUAGGCUCAGUUGUGUACGCCCACAGCAAGGAGCUCAUCACGGCGUGGUACAUCGGCUUCCUGUGUCUCAUCCUGGCUUCAUUCCUGGUCUACUCUGUGGAGAAGGAGUCCAACAAAGAGUUCGAGACCUACGCUGAUGCCCUCUGGUGGGGACUGAUAACACUUACCACCAUCGGCUAUGGAGAUAAGGUCCCCAAGACGUGGAAUGGACGCUUAUUAGCGGCCACCUUCAGUAUGAUCGGCGUGGCCUUCUUUGCACUUCCUGCUGGCAUUCUUGGUUCUGGCUUUGCCCUCAAAGUCCAAGAGCAGCACAGGCAGAAACAUUUUCAAAAGAGACGCAACCCUGCAGCGAAUCUCAUUCAAGCUGCUUGGCGGUUUUAUGCAACCAACCUGUCCCGCACAGAUCUGAUGUCUACCUGGGACUUCUAUGAGCAGACUGUGGCUGUGCCAGUCUACAGAAUAAUUCCACCUCUGAAUCAAUUGGACCUGCUGAGGAAUCUGAAGGGGAGGUCCUUCAGGAAGGACUCACAGACCGAAAGCUCUCCCAGUCAUGACAACACACACAAUGGCAGACUUUGUGGCUGCUGUCCAACAACUUUUAGUCGGAAGGCGAGCCUGAAGGACAAGAUGUUCCCCAGUCCUUCCAAGACUCCUUUGGCCAAAGAGAGAGACCAGUCUCCCGUGCCAGAAGAUGGCGCCGAUGCGAGCCCGGGCAAGUUCUCCAAGAGCUGGAGCUUCACGGAGAAGAACCGAGGCGGGCCUAAGCCUUCUUUCAGGGUCAGGGGAAGCGCCUCGCGUCAAAACUCUGAGGCAAUUGAAGGUUUAAUAAAGGCCAGCUUCCCAGGAGAGGACCUUGGCGACGACAAGAGUUGUCACUGUCAGUUUGUUACUCAGGAGUUGCCGCCAGGCUUGAGGGUGGCCAUACGAGCAAUAUGCGUCAUGAAGUUCUUGGUGUCCAAGAGGAGGUUCAAGGAGAGCCUGCGGCCGUACGACGUGAUGGACGUGAUCGAGCAGUACUCUGCAGGACAUCUUGACAUGCUGACGCGGAUCAAGAACCUGCAGUCCAGAGUGGACCAGAUCGUGGGCAAAGGUCCAAAAUGGGAAGCGGGGGUGGCAGAGGACCAGAGCAUGAUGGGACGUCUAGUCAAAGUGGAGAAGCAGGUAGUCUGCAUGGACAGGAAGCUGGAUUUUCUGGUCCACGGGUAUAUUCAGCGCAUGGGCAUCCCUCGCUCCGAGACUGAGGCAUUUUUUAACUCCAAAGAACCGUACCCGGCCCCGCCUUACCACAGCUCGGAGGAGAAGGAGGAGCUUGUCGAGGCGGAGCAGGAAGCGAAAGUGUUCUCAGGCAUGGAUUACCAGUGCACCAAAGAGCCUUUGUCGGACGCCUCAGGGUCGGCGGGUACGCCGCCGGGCAGCCGGCCCUCCACAUCGUGGCAGCACCAGCGGCAGAACCCCGUCACCCAGCCAGCCUGGAGCAGCAGCAUGGCCAACACGCCCGAUUCCCCACCACCGUUCCGCCUUCCGCCGCCGCCGCCGCCCCACGACCGCUCCAGUCAGGAGAGCGGCUCCCAGAGCAGGAGGCGCAACCGCAGGCAGAGGCGGCGUCCGCAAGAGGGCACCAACGCCGGCAGUGACACGUCCCUCUCCAUCCCAUCGGUGGACCACGAGGAGCUGGAGCGCUCCUUCAGUGGAUUCAGCAUCUCUCAGGCCAAGGAGGACUUUUUCGGCCCGUCUUUCUUUUCAGGUGGGGGAAGGGGCGGCACCGCCACCGCAGCAGGGACCAACCCCGGCUCCCCGUCUCCACUCUGUGCCAAGGUGAGACCUUUCUUAGCCGAGGGCGAAUCUGACACAGACUCAGACCUCUACGCCCCCUCACCUCUGUCCUUCACCGGCGACAAAGUAUGGCCUCCGCACAAGUAGCUCCGCCCACUGUGACCCUCAAGACAAUAACGUGACACAACGUCAUCUUUGUCGGGGAGUGGUUUUGUUUUCAGUCACUGGUUUUUCCGAUCCGGCGCAUUUGAAGCGCCAAGAAAGGAUUCGCUUGUUUGCAACCUUUUUCCAGUGAAAAGUUUCCAAACAAUAGUUCAAGUACUCCAACAUAUCACAGCAUCCUUUUUGAGCCACGGUAGAAAUGUACCAGAAUGUGCACCCAAACACAAAAUGGCGGAUUCCCACUCUCUGGAGCCUGCUAGCUUAAAAAAAUUUAGAGAUGAACAAUAGAUGCUCUUUCAAUAUUUCGCUUUACUUACACAUUCAAUAAGUUAAAAACAUUCCCCUUACUCUAGACUAAAACUUGUUUUGUUAUAUAUCAACCUCUAUGAACCAGGAAGUAGCAUGUUAGCAUAAAAUAAACAAACACAAAUUAAACACUGCAAUUUUUUUUUUAUUUUGCUAAAACAAAAAAAUAAUCUAUUUUAUGCUGUUUGAGUCAUUAAAAUCAUUUUGCUGACUGAAAAAAAAAUGUUUAAGUCCCGACGCAUGUUAACCAGGAUGUAGCCAUCUAGCUAAAAACAUACAGAGAAACAUAAACAAAGUUGAUCCAAGAUUAUUUGUUUUUUUAUUGGCAAAUUUAUUUUCUGGCUUUGGAAGUUUUAGUUACAAUGAAAACCUUUAUUUUGUAAAGAUAGUAAAUGUUCCCUCCUUCUGUGAACCUGCUAGCUUAAAAAACAAACAAGCUUUUCAAUGAUCGUUUGACUUUAUUUAGAAACUUAACCAUUUUUUUUUUACUUUUUGAGCCAAGAUAGACAAUGUUCCCUCACGCUAGGAUAGAAAGAAGUAAAACAAACAAAAAAAAAUUGUCGUUUUAUAUGUCAACUUCCGUUUACCAGGAAGUAGCCUGCUAGCAUAAACAAAUGGACACACUGCAAUGUUUUGACUUUUAUUUAAAUAUUAACAUUUUCUCGAUACGUUUUGCUAAUAUGAGUCACGGAAAUAAUUUCCAUUGUGUUGGAACGAGAAAAAAAGUUCCGACGUAGGUCAAACAGGAAGUAGCCUGCCAGCUAAAACACAAACAUUUGAAACCUAAAUAUAUGCGUUAUUGUGUCUUUUUGUUAGCAGACUUUUUUUUUUAGUUGUUGCUAAUUUCAAUCACAAAAACAAAAAUGUUUUAGUCCCAGCGUACGUUAACCAGGAAGGAGCCUGCUAGCUAAAAACUUACAGAGAAACAUAAACAGAGGAGAUCCAAGAUUGUUUUUUAUUGGUGGAAUUUAUUUUCUGGCUUUCUGGAAAAGGUUUAUUUUGCGCUGAAAUCCAAAACAUGCUAAGGUGCCGUCGCAAAUCACGCUCCGUAAAGCAGGGAGUAGCCUGCUAGCUUAUAAAAUUGUCGCUCCUUCAAUAUUUCACUUCACUUACACAUUUAAAGGCCUACUGAAAUGAGAUUUUCUCAUUUAAAAGGGGAUAGCAGGUCCAUUCUAUGUGUCAUAAUUGAUCAUUUCGCGAUAUUGCCAUAUUUUUGCUGAAAGGAUUUAGUAGAGAACAUCGACGAUAAAGUUCGCAACUUUUGGUCGCUAAUAGAAAAGCUUUGCCUGUACCGGAAGUCGCAGACGAUGACGUCACCCGUUGAUGGCUCCUCACAUCCUCACAUUGUUUUUAAUGGGAGCCUCAAACAAAAAGAGCUAUUCGGACCGAGAAAACAACAAUUUCCCCAUUAAUUUGAGCGAGGAUGAAAGAUUUGUGUUUGAGGAUAUUGAUAGCGACGGACUAGAAAAAAAAAAAAAAAUCAAGUUAAAAAAAACGCGAUUGCAUUGGGAGCGAUUCAGAUGUUUUUAGACACAUUUACUAGGAUAAUUCUGGGAAAUACCUUAUCUUUCUGUUGUGUUGCUAGUGUUUUAGUGAGUUUAAUAGUACCUGAUAGUCAGAGGUGUACGUCCACGGGUGUCUUGACGCCAAUGUCUCAGGGGAGUCGACGGCAGCUUUAUGGACGGCACAAGCUCAGCUGAUUUCCGAUAAGUGGCGACUUUUUACCACAAUUUUCUCACCGAAAACUGCUGGUUGACAUUUGGUCGGGAUCCAUGUUCGCUUGACCGCUCUGAUCCAUAGGAAAGCUUCACCUCCGGGAAUUUUAAACAAGCAAUCUAAAGCUUCCCAACUCCAUCUUUCUACUUUGACUUCUCCAUUAUUAAUUGGACAAAUUGCAAAAGAUUCAGCAACACAGAUGUCCAAAAUACUGUGUAAUUAUGCGGUUAAAGCAGACGACUUUUAGCUGUGUGUGUGCGCAGCGCUAAUAUUUCCUAACAGUCCAUGACGUCACGCGUACACGUCAUCAUUCCGCGACGUUUUCAACAAGAAACUCCCGGGAAAUUUAAAAUAGCAAUUUAGUCAACUAAAAAGGCCGUAUUGGCAUGUGUUGCAAUGUUGAUAUUUCAUCAUUGGUAUAUAAACUAUCAGACUGCGUGGUCGGUAAUAGUGGGUUUCAGUAGGCCUUUAAUAACCAUUGUUCUCUGUUUGAGUCAAGUCAAAAACGUUCCCCUUACUCUAGACUAAAACUUGUUUUGUUACCUCUAUGAACCAGGAAGUAGCACGUUAGCAUAAAAUAAACAAACACAAAUGAAACACUGCAAUGUUUUCUAUUUUGCUCAAUCAUUUUUUUUCUCUAUUUUAUGCUGUUUGAGUCAUGAAAAUCAUUUCCAUUGUGGUUAAAUUACCAAAAAUGUUUUAAGUCCUGAUGCAUGCUAACCAGGAAGUAGCUUGCUAGCUAAUAACAUACAGUGAAACAUAAACAAAGGCGAUCCAAGAUUGUUUUUUAUUGGUGGAAUUGAUUUUCUGGCUUUAUGGAUAAGGUUUAUUUUGGGCAAAAAUCCAAAACAUGUUAAGGUGCCGUCCAUACUUGCCAACCUUGAGACCUCAGAAUUAGGGAGAUAAUCAAAAGGCCCGCUUGGGGUCAUACAUAUAUUGACAGCAGCCACAAAAUUAAUUUACAAGAGAAGUGUUCAUACAAAAUACAUACUUUAUCCGUGUUUCUGCUUGUGCUUUCAUCACACAUCAGACCAAAGGGUUGGUUUUGGCACAGUUCGAUUGCUACCUUGUGCAAUUCCGGGGCAAUGGCACCCAUCAAAUACACAGUAAUGAAAACAGAGUUUUUCUACUAACUGUACUGUACUUGCUGCCUACUUUAAAAAAAUUAUAAUAACAAUCUUAAAAUACGGGACAACUCCAUAUUAUAAAAGGACAGGUGGCAACCCUAAACACUCCCUAUUUGAGUAGCCUUUGUUCUGCCAUUUGCGUACUGGCGAGCGAUCUCUGAAUCUGGGAACAUUUCCUUCACUGAUUUGUUGAAAACAUCCGCAAAUGAGAAUGGGACGUUGCUUGUAGCUAUCAGCAUAGCCAUCUUUGUUUCGGCAUAAGUUACAACCUCGGGUCUCCGGCAUUUAGCAAGGUGGCCCAUAAUACUGGGCUGUGACCAGUGCUGUGUUGCCGCAGCCUUCUGCUUCUCUGACCGUUCAUGAGUGACAAUAUCCGUUCGUCCACCGUGUUCAAUGGAGAAGUCUGAUCUAUAAAAUUUGCAGCCCUACGAGCUGUCCUGGAUUAACUUAAAUCAUUUUUUUUCAAUCAUUUUGGAACCUGGAAACGUACUUCUUCUCACUCGUCGUCGCCAUGGCUCUUCUUUUGCUUCGUCUUCUGUUCUGAUUGCCGCGUUUGACUUCGAGGUGUAACCGUUAUUAUUGUCCGGCCGGAAACAGCGCCCAGUGAAGGAUAGCGUAGCAAUAUUAUUGUCCGGGUGGAAAUCCGGAGAAAUUUGUGAGAAUGGUGGCCCCAGGAUAUUUUUGGGAGGGGUACUGAAAUUCAGGAAUCUCCCGGGAAUAUUGAGGGGGUUGGUAAGUAUGGUGCCGUCCCAUAUCAUCCUUUGUAAAGCAAGAAGUAGCCUGCUAGCUUAAAAAAUUGAGAGAUAAACAAUAGGUGCUCUUCCAAUAUUUCACUUCAAUUACACAUUUAAUAAGUCAAAAACGUUCCCCUUACUCCAGACUAAAACUUGUUUUGUUAUACAUCAACCACUACGGACCAAAGAGUAGCAUGUUAGCAUCAAAUAAACAAACACAAAUGUCGUUUUAUAUAUCAACUUCCGUGAACCAGUAAGUAGCCUACUAGCUAAAAACAUACUGACUAGAUGUUCCAUGAUUGUUUCACUUUAUUUAGAAACCUAUUAAAAUUGUUUUGCUUUUUGAGUCAAGAUAGAAAAGUUUCCCUCACGCGAGGAUAGAAAAACAAUAUAUUGUCCUUUGAUGUGUCAACCUUUGUGAACCAGGAAGUAGCCUGCUAUCAAAAAACAUACAACAAUAAAUACACUUAACACAAAUAAGAUGCUAGGCAAUGAUUUCACUUUUGCUUUUUGGGUUUUGUUUAAGUUACAAAAUGCAGGAAAAAAAAACUUCAAUCCAGACGUCGUCAACCAGCAUACUUGCCAAACCGCCCGGAUUUUCUGGGAGACUCCCGAAAUUUAGCGCCUCUCCUGAAAACCUCCCGUAAGAAGUUUUCUUCCGAAAUUCCAUGCGGACCUGAGUGGGGACAGCCUGUUUUCAUGUCCGCUUUCCCACUAUAUAAACAGCUUGCCUGCCCAAUCACGUUACAUCUGCGGAUUUUAAUAAAAAACUGCACACACAAGGAGACGAAGCAGAAGAACGAGGAAGUUACAGCCAUGGUAACGCCGUCUGUAAUAGUGAGUCUGUUGUCUGUCGCCAUCUCCUGGUGAAUGUUGGCUAUAGCGGUAUUUUGUUUUUGUUUUUAUUGGCGAACGAUUUACGUGGUGUUGCGCACCUGACGGCAAGUGACUCUCGCCAGUACGCAAAUGGCAGAACAAACGAUACUCAAAUAGUGAAAGGUAAGUGUUGUUGUUGUUUUUUUAGUAACCAGCAAGCACAGUACAGUUAGUAGAACUGUUUUUAAUUACUGUGUAUUUGAUAGGUGCCGUCUGAAAUUCAACUAUUUAUAUAUAUAAUAAAAUAGAUAUACAGCUAGAAUUCACUGAAAGUCAAGUAUUUCAUCCAUAUAUAUAUAUGUAUUUAUAUAUAUAUAUAUAAAUAUAUAUAUAUAUAUAUGAAAUAUAUAUGAAAUACUCGAGUUGGUGAAUUGUAAUGUAAAUAUACUCCUCCCCACUUAACCACGCCCCCCGCCCCAACCACGCCUAUGCCCCACCCGCGACCACGCCCCCACCUCCCGAAAUCGGAGGUCUCAAGUUUGGCAAGUACGUCAGCCAGGAAGUGACUUGCUAGCUAACAACCAGAAAGUAGCUUGAUAGCUAACAAAAAUGACGAGAGAAACAUAAACAGGCGAUCUUGUUAGUAGAAUUAAUUUUUUGGCUUUAGAAACAACGGCAAAAUGGUUCUCAAAACUUUUAAAUUGAAUGAAAAACAAAAAAGUAGCCUUGAACUUGAUUUGCUCAUUUCAGUCACCAAAAAUGCUACAAUUUAUAGUUUCCGUCAUUUAGCAACCUUAUUUAACCCAGAAGUAACCCGCUAGCUUUAAAAAAAAAAAAAAACAAAUUCUAAAAAAAUUAUUUUUAAAAUUGAGUGAAGAAAAGUGUUGUCAUUGAAUUAACAGAUGAGAUUCACCACUAGGGGGCGAUGAAGAGCUGCUUCUGACUUUUUAAGGCCUCUUUGAAGUUGUUUCUGGUUUUCUACAAACAUUUGAACUUUGGACGUAAUGAUCGACCACUUCAGCGCUCAAACAUUAACCUAAAAUGUUUGUCAAAAUCAACUCAAAAACUAAACAAAAACGACUGUUUCGAUCCAAUAUUGGUAUCGUGUAUCAACCAGAUAUUUAAAAAAAAAAGUAUUCCUUCAGCUGUACAGCUUUUUCUAAGUAAUUGAAGUCAUUUAGAAACGGUAGACUUGUAAGGCUGUAGCAGCUCCACAACAGCUAAGCACACAAUAGCACACAAGGUAAUAAUCAUUGAACUAUAAAAGGGGGCAUUUAUCAACAUAAACAAGUAUCAAAUAAUUCUAGUUACAUAUUACUCACACAUACAAAGUCUCCAAGGCAGUACUAGAAAGUAUCCAGUAACAAACGUGUCCGCAUUAUUCAAUUUAUGGGCUUAACUUCAUGAAUGAUCAAACAAAUAAUUCCCACUCCACCUCAAAUUAAAGAACAAAGUAACGUGCCCCCCCCCC